GGGUGGUUUUAGGGAAUUUUGUUCGGAAUAGGGAAUAGAUGUGUGCAUUUCAUAUGUAAUACCCAUAAAAUAUUGUGGCCAAAGUAUGAAGUCGAAGAAGUAUACUAUUCCUAAAUGCGAUGGGAAUUAAUAUAUGUAUAUAAUUUAGUGGGGUUCAUGUCAGUAAUGGUUGCAUGCAUGCACCUUCACGACACCACAGUGCAGACGACCAGGCAUGUUGUUGGUGACGCCUUGGGAUGGACCAUUCUUUCUGGCAGGGCAUCUGCUUAUACCACUUGGGUAUCACUUCAAACAUUCACCGUCGACGACAUUCUCGCCUUUAACUUCACCAACGGAGAUCACGACGUUGCGGAGGUUUCAGCAACGGCGUACGACCCAUGCACAACCACCAAUCCCAUCUCCCUUGCAACCACUGGCCCCGCCUCCCUUACCUUGACCAUCGACGGAACCCACUAUUACAUCUGCACAUUCACAAGCCACUGCCAACUUUGUCAGAAGUUAACCAUCAACGUCUCCGCUGACGCAUCUACCACUCCACCAUCAGCAACACCCACAACAUCGGCGUCUCCACCUACCACCAUUCCUACACCUCAAACACUUGUACCCACAACAUCAGCAUCUCCACCGACCACCACCCCCACAACACCCGAUGUUCCUUGUCUCCCCACCUCAUCUCCAAGCUCCAGCCCAUCAUCACCACCAACCGUCGUAACGUCUGACAGGAUCACUCCACCUCCACCACCUAUUGGAGGAGCUCCAUCUUUCUCUGCCAUGGUAUCUGCCAGUUUCUUGAUAAUUGGCUUGACUUUCUUGAACUAUUAAAUUUGAGAAGGAAGAGAUACACUUAUUUAUCCUGUUUAUCUACACAAUAUUUUAAUAUUGUUUUCGUUCACGAUCACUAUAUGUUUUUUUGUCCUAUAUUUGUUGUGGGGAAGUAAUUCGUACACAACAAUUUUUAGCCAUACACAACAAUUUAUGCAUUAUUGAGUUGUACAGUACAACAUUUUAAAACACCAAUUGUUGUGUAUGGAGAAAAAUUGUUGUGUACAAAUCAUCUCCUUUUGUUGUGAGGCCUCAUCAAAAUAAAUAAAGAUUGAA